UUAUUUGGCUCACAGAACUAUAUUCAGCAGAAGAAAACAGACUCUGUUGUCAGUCGUAUGAGCAUGGUAAAUAUACUACGAAACAACAAAACUGAUGUCCAGGACCAAACACGACCAAUCAGUGUGAUAGUGAAUACAGUUGCUAAUGAUGGACCAGUAUCCCCUGCAAGUAAGGAGACAGAUAUGAGACUCAGAGCUUUCCCCACCUACAACGGUCCUGGGUCCAAUCAUGCCAACGGGAGCCCAUCAAACAGCCAGAAUAUUUCGAGUAUUCAGUGCUUUACAAGUGAUAGUGUUAGAAACUCUAUUCAUAGUGCAGGGCCCACAAUAGCAGUGUCAGAUGAGAGUACAGUGCCCAAAUGGAAUAAAGUGAAGAUGACCUGUAUGAGUGUUGCUGCCCGUAAGACCUGGUGUGGGUUUGUGGUUCUAGCUUUAGUGACCAGCACAUGGGUAGCUGCCACACAAUUCCUAAAGGCGACGUAUAAAACUAUCGACAACACGACUAGGAUUGAAGUUACAGGAAACACGGAGCCAGGAAAUAGAACCCUCAAGCAGGUGUACAGUGCUCCGUUCCUAACUACUUGGUUCUGUACAACCUGGACUCUCCUCUUCUUCCCUCUUUACAUCAUCUCAGUAGUCUCGUGUUCAUGCUGCUGCAGAACCAAGAUAAAGAUUGGAACAGUUAUUCACGAUUCUCUUCGAAGCUUCAAAGAAAAGGGUUUCACUUUAGGAAGUUUCCUGUUCCGUUGCCUAUUAUUCUGCCUAUUGUCCGUCCUAACCAACUACCUGUAUAUCGCAUCUUUAAGGAUGCUGGAGUGUACGGUAGUAACUGCUCUGUUCGCUACUAAUGCUGGGUUUGUUUAUUUACUCUCCUGGGUCAUCCUUCACAAUCAAUUCGUCGGGGUCAGGAUAGUAGCUGUGAUACUUUGUAAUACUGGUAUAGCUCUCUUAGCCUACAUGGACGGAGUAAACCACAACCAAACCUUGCUUGGUGUUGUCCUAGCCGCAGCUGCAGCUGCUGGGAGUGCUGUUUAUAAAGUAAUGUUUAAGCGAGUGAUUGGUGAAGUGAGUUUUGGCCAGGUUGCUCUGUUCUUCUCUUUGGUUGGACUACUAAAUGCUGUUGUACUCUGGCCUCUUGUCAUACUUCUCUACGUUACAGGGGCCGAAGUUGUUGAUGUCACUCUCAUUCCUUGGUUGGAGUUAUGCAGUGCCGCAGCUCUUUCGUUAGGUGCCAAUCUUCUUGCUAAUUUGAGUAUUAUCAUAACUUACGAAAACUUCAUCACAUUUGGUUUGGUAACAGCUAUACCAGUUUGUGCAGUUUAUGAUGUUGUGUACAAUGGAGUUGAAUUCUACGACAUGAAGUUGGCCGGCGUGCUGAUCGUCUGUAUAGGGUUCGUUCUUGUUCUCUUCCCGGCCAAUUGGUCCCAAAUCCUAGCUUCAAUUGUCAGAAAACCCAAGGAAUCCUCCAUUAAAGAAGAAAAUGGCGGACUAAAAGCGGAAAUAGAAGACUCUAUGGGUAACGCGACAGGUGCCGCGGUUUUAUGUCUGCUUCUAGAUGGGGAAGAAGAAAAAAGCAAGACACAGACAGAUCUAAUCAAUCCGUCCCAGACCUCAGUAGAACGGGACAUAUUGGAUCAAGAUUGCGGUCACCCUCUGGUAGGGUGAGAUGAAACCUACUAAUGAAACUGUAGCAGGGUGAGAUGAAACCACUAAUGAAUCUAGAGAAGGGUGAGAUGAAACCUACCAAUGAAACUGUAGCAGGGUGAGAUGAAACCACUAAUGAAUCUAGAUAAGGGUGAGAUGAAACCAACAAAUUAAACUAAUGAAACUUACCAAUGAAACUAUAGUAGGGUGAGAUGAAACCACAAUUGAAUCAAGAGAAGGGUGAGAUGAAACCUACAAAUUAAACUGUAGUAGGAAAACCUACAAAUGAAACUAUAGUAGGAUGAGAUGAAACCUACUAAUGAAACUGUAGUUGUGUGAGAUGAAACCACAAAUGAAUCUAGAAAAGGGUGAGAUGAAACCUACCAAUGAAACUGUAGUAGGGUAAGAUGAAACCACUAAUGAAACUAUAGUAGGAUGAGAUGAUACCACUAAUAAAUCUAGAGAAGGGUGAGAUGAAACCUACUAAUGAAACUUUAGUAGGGUGAGAUGAAACCUACUAAUGAAACUAUAGUUGGGUGAAAUGAAACCUACUAAUGAAACUAUAGGAUGGUGGGAUGAAAAUACUAAUGAAUCUAUUUUAGAGUGAUAUGAAACCUACUAAUGAAACUAUAGUAGGGUUAGAUGAAACCUACUAAUGAAUCUAUGGUAGGGUUAGAUGAAACCACUAAUGAAACUAUAGUAGGGUGAGAUGAAACCUACUAAUGAAACUAUAGUAGGGUUAGAUGAAACCUACUAAUGAAUCUAUCGUAGGGUUAGAUAAAACCUAGUAAUGAAUCUAUAGUAGAGUGAGAUGAAACCUUCUAAUGAAUCUAUUGUAGGGUGAUAUGAAACCUACUAAUGAAACUAUCGUAGGGUUAGAUAAAACCUAGUAAUGAAACUAUAGUAGAGUGAGAUGAAACCUACUAAUGAAUCUAUUGUAGGGUGAUAUAAACCUACUAAUGAAUCUAUUGUAGGGUGAUAUGAAACCUACUAAUGAAACUAUAGUAGGGUUAGAUGAAACCUAGUUUUGAUGAAGCUAUUGCUAUCAAAAUGAACAAAGCUGUAGAUAAUUAAAUAUUUUUUUGUUUGGCAAAGAUUUGAAAUAUGAAAAGAUGGAGACCAAAGUGCAAUUUAGUAUUUAUAGAAAUAUUAAAGCAAGAACAUUUAUAGUUGUAUUUGCUUGUUCUCUUUGUUUCGAAAGAGACUGUCAACGUAAUUCCAAGUGACGCAAAUUAAAUAAUUGCUUCACUAAUUCAUUCCUAACUAAUUUAUCUGAGAUACAUUGAGGAAGAUAUCGCCGUUUUACUUAAUCUUAAAUUUAUUCCGUCCGUUUCAUUCUUUGACUCUACACAGUUGAAAAUUAUUCAGUUUGAACAUUUGAUGGAGAUGUAAACGACAUUUCAAGUGGCCCUCCAGAUUGGCAAAACCCGAUUUAAUCAUGUACCCUUUAAAGCUUUGUCUGAUCAAGGAUAAAUUAGAUAUCCAUUUAUUCGGUUUCUCUAAACUGAUUAUUUUCAUUUGUUGUUUAGGAAAGUGCUGUUAGCAUAUCUUGGUUUAUAAAUAAUGGAAAAAUUAUCAGAGCUAAAAAAUUUAGAAUGAGAUAUCCUUAAUCACUAUCGCUUAAUCCGAUUAUCCAAUGUAUACACUUUUGUAUUUUCUUCUUAAUCUUCUUUCUUUUGAAUAUCCCUUCUGUAUAAAAGUUACGUUUGAUAACAAUUACAGAUACAAUGCUAUAUCGAUUGGACUAAUAUCCGAUUGAAUUA